UAUUAUUAAAAUAAAAUAAAUGCAAACAAUAAACCUAUCAAUCCCUCAAAAAAAUAAACUGAGCAUAUUAGACGAAUCCAAUGUAGAUCUCCAACUCAACUCAUCAUCCGCACUAAACUUCCCCCUAAGUAAAAAGUAUACAAAUCGAACCAAAUAAUAAAUCCUUUGAUAGAACUAUUAUCGGGAGAAAUUCUGGUGUUAAGAAACCCAAAUAUGGCAUGGGGAGAUCCUCAUCUAUGCUCACUAUGAAGAACUCAAGAAAAGCACUGCUGAAUUCCAAGGCCAUGAAAGAUAAAAUAGACGCAGAGAAAAUGACUAAACAGUUGAAUGAAAUUUUGAAAUCUCACGAAGAGAAGAGACAUUAUCAUCAUUCCAGUAUGGGUACCUUACCCUCGAUUGGGAAGAUUGAUAGGCCAGCUUCCAAGAAGAUGCACCCAAAGCACUAUCCUACAUCAAGACUUGAUCAGAAUAAAUUAAUGUUCAAUGAGAUUUUUGUCCAGCCAAAGAUGAACCAGCUGAAAAUGCUAAAGAGACAAAGAGAAAAGGAUCAGAUAAAGCUGCCUUCUCUUCCUUCUAUAACUAAGGAAACUGAAGAGGAGAACACUACUGGAGAACUUCUAGCCAAGCAUAACACUAAGAGUAAGAAUCUUGAGCAGAGCCUGGAUAUCUCCAGUCUCAUGGAGAGAAGACGUUUCAAUAAAAACAGUGAUAACUUGUUCGAAGAAGGAUUUGAAGAGGACGCAUUUAAGAAGAUUGACGAAGGAGAAGUCCAACAAUUCAACACUCAAGAUUUCAAAGACCUCAGAGAGAAGAUGGGUCAACCAGGAAGAGAUAUGAGUGUCAAGGAAGUCCUUGAUGUAGAGGAUCAAGGAUUUGAAACUAUUAUGAGAAACUUUAGAGAAGAGCAAAUCCAAGUUCAGCCACCUGAAGGACUUAUAAACAUGAUAGGGUCUGAAGGGAGCUGGGCUCCUUCCAUCCCAUUAUUGAAUACAAGCACUAACAAGUCCAUGAUGAAGACUAAAAAUAAGGAAAGAUCUACAACCAGUGAUGCUUCCUUGAUGGACAUCAAGAUGAGAGCAAAAGCUGGAGUUCAAGCUGGAGAUGUGAAGAAAGAAGCUCAUAUGGCAUUCUGACUAGGAAGUCUGAACGAAGAUAAAAGCCUUAACAAAUCUGUUAGAUACUAUAAGCGAUUCUUCUUCUGUGCAAGAAUCUUAGAAGAUCCAGUUGGAGCUGCUCUUGCUCUUAACAGACUCGGAGUAGUAUAUCACAAAAUGAAGAAUUAUGAGAAAUCUUUAAUGUUUCACCUAAAGCAUAAGGAAUAUACUGACAAAGAAAAUUUAUUUGCAGCUCAUUAUAACCUGGGAAUCUCGCAAAGGAUUCUUAAAAAUCAUGAUGAAGCAGUCCAAUGAUUCACAAAAGCAUUAGAAUGGGCCGUGAUGAAUCAAGAAGUUGACUCUGAAUGCUAUUGAAAUGGACAGUUAGGAAUCACAGAACUUAUUCGAGGAAAUCAGGAUACAGCCAAUAAGCAUUUUGAUAUUUGCUACAAUUUAGCAAAAAUGAUGAGGAAUUUCAAAUUACAGCUUGACUGCCUUUUAAGUCUAGGAUACAUAUCCUUUGAAAAAGCGAAAUAUGAAGAUGCCAAGCAAUAUUACAACAAAGCAUAUAAAUGUGCUAGACAGCUUCAAGAGCCAGAAAUUGCGCAACAAUGCAUGUGUAAUGUCGGAGUUUGUAUUGGGAAUUCUAAGGUUCAAAAGAUGAGAGACCCAAUAUCCAACAUUAAAAAGACAACUAAUUUCAACAAAAUGAGUACAGACGAUGUUUCAGAUACUGAAAGUGAGGCUAUAGAAGCUAUGAAUAUUUCUGCUAGCGAUGCCGCUCCUUCUGUAAAGGGUUUCAAUUAGCUAGAGUCUUAGAAAGAGAGUCGAGGCUUAACAAACAUUAUCCAAUAUCUU